GGCGGCAGGCGGAGCAUCGCCGGGAAAGCCUUCCUUCUCCUUCUCCCUCGGAGCCGCGCAUCGCCAGGAGGCCGCCUUCAAGCAGCGAAGGGCCCGAGAAAGGCAGGGCCACAGUCGCUGGCUCUUCCCCAGCGCUCCCGGUCCCUUGGCCCCGCUGCUAAGAGAGAAAGAGGGCUUUCCUGAGCCCGAAGGAGAGAGCGAUGGGCGCCCGGGGAGCCUUCCUGCUGGCCCUGGUUCUGCUGGCGCUGGCGCUCCUUCCAAGGCGGGCCAGGAGCCAGGAGGAGCCCCCCGGGGAAGAGCCUGUUUCUGAAGAAGAGACUGAUGAUAUAGAUGAUGAAGAUGACGAUGACGAUGAUAGAGAAAUAAAAGAGGAAAAUGGUGUAUUGGUGUUGAAUGAUGCAAACUUUGAUACUUUUGUUGAAGGCAAAGAUACUGUACUUCUUGAGUUCUAUGCUCCAUGGUGUGGGCACUGCAAGCAGUUUGCUCCAGAAUAUGAAAAAAUAGCCAAAACACUGAAAGAAAAUGAUCCUCCCAUCCCAGUUGCUAAAAUAGAUGCUACAUCAGCUUCUGCUGUGUCAGGUCGCUUUGAUGUUAGUGGUUACCCAACCAUCAAAAUCUUGAAGAAGGGGCAACCUGUGGAUUAUGAAGGCUCAAGAACAGAGGCAGAAAUUGUGGCUAAAGUGAAAGAAAUUUCAGAGCCUGAUUGGAUCCCUCCUCCAGAUGCAACAUUAGUUUUGACCAAAGAUAACUUUGAUGAAACUGUGAAUGAGGCUGACAUAAUUUUGGUUGAAUUCUAUGCCCCAUGGUGUGGGCACUGCAAAAGAUUGGCUCCAGAAUAUGAGAAAGCAGCUAAGGAGCUUAGGAAACGUACUCCACCUAUUCCCCUUGCAAAAGUUGAUGCUAUUGCUGAAACAGACCUUGCAAAGAGGUUUGAUGUGUCGGGAUACCCAACUCUCAAGAUCUUCCGCAAAGGCAAAUCUUUUGAGUACAAUGGUCCAAGAGAAAAAUAUGGAAUUGUUGACUACAUGAUAGAACAAGCUGGUCCACCAUCCAAACAAAUACAGGCUACUAAACAAGUACAAGAAUUUGUGAAAGAUGGAGAUGAUGUAAUCAUCAUAGGAGUGUUCAAAGGAGACCAAGAUCCAGCCUACCAACUUUAUCAAGAUGCUGCUAACAAUCUAAGAGAAGAUUACAAAUUCUAUCAUACCUUCAGCAAAGAAAUUUCAAGCUUUCUAAAAACGGAUGCUGGGAAAGUGGUGGUGAUGCAACCUGAAAAAUUUCAGUCAAAAUAUGAGUCUAAAAUGCAUGUAUUAGAUAUUAAAGAAUCAACUGAUGCUGGGGAAGUGAAAAGCCAUGUGGUGAAAUAUGCUUUACCUCUUGUGGGCCAUCGUAAGACUUCUAAUGAUGCUAAGAGAUACAAUAAGAAACCUCUGGUGGUAGUUUAUUAUGCAGUAGACUUCAGCUUUGAUUAUCGUGUUGCUACUCAGUACUGGCGAAACAAAGUUUUAGAGGUAGCUAAGGACUUCCCAGAAUAUACUUUUGCAAUUGCUGAUGAAGAAGACUAUUCCUCAGAGAUAAAAGACCUGGGACUGAUGGACAGUGGAGAAGAUGUUAAUGCUGCCAUCUUUGAUGAAGGCGGCAAGAAAUAUGCAAUGGAACCAGACGAAUUUGAUUCUGAUGUUCUGAGGCAAUUUGUUUUAUUAUUCAAAAAAGGUAAACUGAAACCCAUUGUGAAAUCGCAGCCUAUACCAAAAAAUAACAAAGGUCCAGUGAAGAUUGUAGUUGGUAAAACAUUUGAGUCUAUAGUGAUGGAUCCAAAAACAGAUGUCCUCAUAGAGUUCUAUGCUCCCUGGUGCGGGCACUGCAAGAAACUUGAGCCCAUCUACAGUGAGCUAGGUAAAAAAUACAAGAAUCAGAAAAAUCUGGUCAUUGCCAAAAUGGAUUCUACUGCCAAUGAUGUCCCCAAUGACAAUUACAAAGUGGAAGGAUUCCCUACCAUCUAUUUUGCUCCCAGCAGCAAGAAGAAGAAUCCUAUUAAAUUUGAAAGUGGAGAAAGGGAUCUGGAGAACUUGAGCAAAUUUGUAGAAGAACAUGCCACCAAACUGAGCAGAACAAAAGAAGAACUUUAAGUGGAUAAUGGGUUAUGCUCAGUGAAGUGUUACUGAAUCGUAUUAAAAGAUUUCUGUGAGGGGAUCUGCAGCAUUUGAGAAAAAAGGGGGAUUUGGGAUAGUAAAACACAGUAUGAUUUUUUUUGUAUUACCAAACAAAUCUGAACACUGAACUUUUGAUGUGAAUUAAUUUUUUUUUUGUUACACAGUUUUGAUCUGAGAAAAAUACAUUAUUUUUUGUGA